AGCUACUUGUCGAUGAGCAGCUGGUCGCCGUGCUCAACACGUUCUGUAUCUCCAUGUGGUUCACCACUACAACUUCGUGGAUCUUGGGGGUACGACGUGGUUUACCUGCCUCCUAGUUUGGAAAGAUCUAUAAAAGUCACCAAGGGACCUUUGUCACUUGGGUUAAUGUUAGAUGCAUCUGUUGAUAAGGGGAUUAAUGGAUGUGUAGUUAAAAGUAUAUGUAGUAAAAAGGCUGUUGGAAAAGAUGGGAGGAUCCAGGUUGGCGAUUAUAUAGUAAAAGUAAACAUGGAAAAUCUUCGAAAUGUUACUAAUUCACAGGCUCGUUCUAUCCUGAAACGAGCAAAUUUAAUUGGUGUUCAGUGCAGCAUCGUCUACAUAACCGCAUCAGAUGCAAAAUUGUGGAAAGAACGUUACCAUCAGGAAGCUGAAAUUCCUGCAGUUAAUCGACUUUCACCAAAGUUUGUUUAUCAAUGCAGCUUCAGGAAUAUUAUAUUGUAUAAUAGAUAA